GUCAGAUGCCGACUGUGCCGCCCCGCCUAUCAAGUUGGGCUGCGGCUCAUGGGCAGCCGCCUACCGGAGAGCCCCUCCGGAUAGGCAGGCUGCCCUCCACUACCUCUUUAAGCACCAAAUUGUCACGAAGAAGGAGGUGGAGGGCGAAAGAAGGGUUGGCGAAGGGCACAUCGAGGAGUGCAUCAAGAUUGCUUUGCUGAUGCUUCGGGAAGAGCCCGCUGAUCCUCAGGAUUUUUUUCAGCAAGAGCUCUUCAACCUCUGGAGCCAGAAGGCAGCUCUGCAGGAGGUGUUGGAAGAAAGGCUGGCAGCCUCCCUCCGUGCAG